AUGGCUCCCACAAGCCCACCACCACCAACCUGGGCAACCCUCGGCCGCGCAACCGUGCUCACCCUCACACCCCACCUCCUCCCCCGAGACCACUCAGUCAUCUCCAAACGCGCCCUCGCCGUAACCGACGCCCAAAAAGUCACCCUCGGCGUCAUCGCCGCCUACGUAGUCGGCAUCGCCAUCCUCUGGAACGUGCCCUACAUCCGGUGGAUCCUCUGGCCCUUCAAGAUGCUCGUCAUCGCCUUUCACGAGUUCGGGCACGCAAUCACUUGUGUGCUCACCGGCGGGAAGGUCAAGUCCAUAUCCCUUGACCCCAGAGAGGGGGGGGUGACGCACAUGCAGGGUGGGAGGUCAGGAUUAACUCUACCGGCCGGGUACCUCGGGAGUUCGCUCAUCGGGGCGUUGCUCACGUUUGCGGGUUUUAACAUCAAUGCGAGCAAGGUUGCGAGCAUUGUUAUCGGGGUGGCGUUUUUGAUGACGGUUUGGUGGGGGAGGAGGGAUUGGCUCACGGUCGGGACGGUGGCGGCGGCGGUUGGGUUGUUGGUGGGGUGUUGGUUUAUCAGGGGGGCGGAGGCGUUGAGGUUUGUGGUGUUGUUUAUUGGGGUUAUGAGCAGUUUGUAUAGUGUUUGGGAUAUUUGCGAUGAUUUGAUCCUGAGAAAGGUUAAUAGUUCGGACGCGAGUGUGUUUGCAAAGAGGUAUGGGGGGUCGAGUCAGUGUUGGGGGGUUAUCUGGUCGGUGAUUUCGCUGUGUUUUAUGGCGGCGGGCAUUGUGGCGGGCAUUGCGGCUUUUCCGCAGAGUGCGGAGCAGCAGAGGGAGGAUGCGCAGAAGUUUAUUCCGACGAGGUUUUGAAGGGGUGGGAGUUCUUGAUUUGGGGGUGAGGAAGUUGGGACAACAGAACAGGGUAAUGGCAGAGUUGGGGUGUACGAUGGUUACUUGGUCAAUCAGGUGGAUAGGGAUAUGUAUGAGCUAAUGAUACCCACGGUUUUCUUUCCUUCAACAGCUCCACUGGCUAUGUUGUGGGAACUGAGCUGGUGACAUCUUGGGUUUGAUGGGUGUGAAAACAACAGCUGGAAAUCGGCAGAAGAACAAUCUGGAUCAAGGGUUGCAUCCCCAUCCGAUCGACAAGCCAUCAACCCCUGAGGGCGACCAGAACAAGACUCGUUGCCAACGCCGGUAGUCCCUCGUCAACCACCAACUUCUCCCCUUCCACCUUCCACCCCUUCACCUCCCCCCACAAAACCCCCUCCACCGUCGUCACAUUCGUCCCCCCCAAAUCCACCUCCACCCUCCCUUCCAAAUCCGCAUACCCCCCAUUCACCACCCCAACCAACCCCUUCUUCUUGUCUCCAUCAACCCACACCGCCGCGUCGACGACCUCAACCCUCUCAUUCCCCCUCACCCUCGUUCCCACCCCCCUCGGCCCCUCGACUUGAUCACCCCCGACAAGAAACCCCCUCACCAUCCCCCCCGUCACAACCUUGGCCAACUGCCCAUGCGCCUCCGCAAGGACAGUGCUCGUCGGCCAAAGCCAGCUUAUGAUCCCCUUGGCACCAUGGUUAAAAGCCAAAACAUUCAUCGCGUGCUCCUCCCCCACGGUGGGGUCCCUCAGCCAGUAAUCCUGCCCGUGGAAACUUUGGGGGUUGUGGAAUUUUGUCUUGGGCCAGAGGCCGAGCCAGCGUUCGUGCUGGCCCAAAGUGUCGAGGCGGGAGGGGACGUCCUGGACGAUGCCGAGGCAGUUGUCGCAGCCGCAGUCGCCGUGGGUGAGGUUGCAGGCGGUGUUCCAUUUGGAGAAGGUGGCGUUUAUGCCGAUGGGGUAGACGUCUGACAUGAGGAUGUCGGCGCCGGAGCUGUACUGGGCGAAGUGGUAGUUUUGGCAGUUUAGGGUGAUGACGCUGGGGUGGUACGGGUCCAGCUCCCGGAUCCUGGAUCGGGCGGCGACGGGGAGGUGGAAGGGGUCUUGCCAGCCGUCCGGU